AUGUGUAGUGAAUCAGAGUGCGGUGUUUAUAUUCAUACAAACACUACUGACGAACUUAUAUGUAUCAAUGGUAAUCGUAGUCAUUCUGCAAAUCCUGAUCAAUUAGAAGCAAAACUAUUACGAUCAGCUGAAACUCUUAUUUGUUCUUCAAAUUCGUCGACUCAGUCACCAAUAAAUAUAUCUUCAUCUUCAGCUGUUACUUUAACAAUCACUGAUGAGCAAAAACAGCACAUAAUUCAUUUACUCGAUCAAUGGCGUGAGAAAAUAAAAGAAGAUUACAACCAGCAACAUAUUAAACUUAAAGAAGAUGUUGACUAUGAGCUCAUUGUUGAUUAUAUGUCAAACAACGCACUGAUCAAAUGUCGAUGCGGUACAAAUACAACCUCAGGCAAAACAAAAUAA